AUGUCCACUGCCGUCGCCCAGCAUGACCCGUCCGUCCUCCGGCCGCGCGCCAUUCCCAAUCAGCCCGACACAAAGGCCGAUGCGACUCUAACGCCUCCUAUGCUGGAUAGGUUGAGUUCAGAUGCAAGUGGCUACUCCACCCCCAUCCCUGAAGAUGCGCCCCCAUCGGCGCAAUCGAUUGCGGUGGCGCGCAAGCAAGUGCGCGCUCGGAAUCGCCUCUUUUAUACCAUUGACUACGUGCCUCGAGUAUCCCAUUUCGAUCCCGAUAGCGAUUAUCACAAUUUCCGGGGUUUCUUCACCUUGUUCUGGAUCAGCUUGGUGAUUAUGGUGGUUACAACUAUGCUACGCAAUAUUAAGGAUACUGGAUACCCGUUGCGGGUGCGAGUUUGGAGUCUGUUAUCGGCCAAUGUGUGGGAGCUGGGCCUGACUGAUCUGGCCAUGGUGGCCAGCUCGGCACUUGUCCUGCCCAUGCAUAAGAUCUGGCGCAGCGGGCCGAGGUGGCUGCGGUGGGCACGUGGAGGUAUGAUCCUUCAAAGCAUAGGAGAGGCUCUGUGGCUAGCGGUGUGGAUCAACUGGCCGUUUAUGCGCCUCUGGACUUGGACGGCCCAAGUGUUUUUCACCCUCCAUCUCUUGACGAUUCUCAUGAAAUUACAUUCAUAUGCCUUUUAUAAUGGCCAUCUUAGCGAGACUGAGCGACGUCUCGCCGCUCUCGAUAAGCCAGGCCCCAUUGAGCCGAGCUCUCCCGCUGCAAUCCGGUAUCCGGAGCCUUACCGCCGCCGCCCGUCAAUGAAGCCCCAGCAUGACGAUGACGAUUCCACUGAGCCUCUGGCCCGUUUACGUGAAGACCUGGCCACAGAGUUGACCUCCCCUCUGGGCAACAUCUCCUACCCACAGAACCUAAGUCUUGGAAACUACGCAGACUUCGUGUGUUGCCCAACUCUAUGUUAUGAGUUGGAGUACCCCCGCCGACCCAACCGCCGCUGGGAUGAGAUUGCAUGGAAGACUCUUGCAAUAUUUGGAUGUAUCUUUUUGCUCACACUAACGAGCGAGGAAUUCAUCGUUCCUGUCCUGAGCGAGGCACACCUUCAAUUAGAAGCUCUCGACAGUGUAACCGAGAAGGCGCUCGUCCUGGCCGAGACCAUCAGCAUGCUACUAUUCCCCUUCAUGGUGACCUUCCUACUAGUAUUCCUAGUGAUCUUCGAAUACGUGCUAGGCGCAUUCGCAGAGCUGACCCGCUUCGCUGACCGACACUUCUACUCUGACUGGUGGAACUCGUGUGACUGGCUUGAAUUCUCACGAGAGUGGAACGUCCCCGUCCACCACUUCCUCUUCCGCCAUGUCUACUUCCCAUCCCGCUCCCACUUUUCUCAACCCGUGGCCAUGUUCAUCACAUUCCUGGUCAGCUCGAUUUUCCACGAAGUAGUCAUGAGCUGUAUCACCAAAAAAUUGCGCGGUUACGGCUUCGGAGCUAUGAUGCUCCAGCUUCCCAUCGUCGCAGUGCAGAAGUCGCGGUUUUUCAAGGGAAGGAAGACUCUCAACAAUGUUUUCUUCUGGUUCUCGAUGAUCUCGGGUCUUUCGAUAAUGUGCGUCUUUUACGUCCUGGUUUGA